GCUUUCAAACGCCAAUUCUUAGGGAAAAGCUUUACACCAUGUUGGCAGCUCACAGCUUUGCUAGUCAGGCGUUUGCCUCGCGUGUUCGCGUCGCUGCCGCGCCCAAGCGCGCCCUAGUUAUCCAAAAUGCCCACAAAAAGGGAUCAGGGUCGACUAAGAACGGUCGUGACUCCAACGCUCAACGCCGGGGUGUGAAGGUCUACGGCGGCCAGCCAGUGAAGGCUGGUGGCAUUAUUGUGCGCCAGACUGGCUCCACGUGGUACCCUGGCGACAACUGCAUGUACGGGAGGGACUAUACCGUGUUCAGCACUGUGGAGGGCAUUGUAAUCUUCGACAAGAAGCGCGAGAAGCCCGAGAUCCACGUCUACCCUAAGGACCACCCCAAGGCGGUGGCUGCUGUGCAGGCCACCCACACAAAGAAGCCCGCUGAGGGGCAGCUGUCCCGCAAGGAGCGGCGGCGGGCGGCCUACACCUCCCGCAAAGCCCAGGUGGCAGUGGCUCAGGUGGCCGUCCCCUCCACUCCGUAAGCUGGCGUAGCAAGUUGGAUCUGGGCAGCUGGAUGGACGAGCAGUGAUGCCGUCCUCUUUAGGUAGCUGGUCGCUUAGGAGAGAGUGAGCAGGAGCGCUCUGCGGACGCCGUCAGGCGGGCUUGGGAACUGGAGCGCCGGGAGCGGAGCUGGGUUGCGCAGCGGCGUGGAACGCGUUAAUGCGCUUCCCUAGGCGGUCGUCCUGCAUGACCCGCUGCUAGGUUGAUUGGUCUUUACGCUUGGUUCGCUAGGUCUGCCAAGGGUGCGACUUGCAUGUCCAUUCGGACGGCCCAGGCGGUGGUUUUGCGACUGUUUGUGCGCUGGUUGUAUCCGGAGCCUACCGCCUGAUGGAAGCAUGCGGCAAGAGGGGUGGGUUCGCUGAGAGCGGGCAAUAGGCAAUUUUCACAUCUACGGUUGCAACGGUGUCUGCGUUGCAAUUUUGGUCCCUAGCGCGCUGCACCCGCGUCGUAGAUGUUGUAACGGUUAAGCGUUGGACUGGAGCUGCGUGUGCUGUGUGUCUAGUUUUGGACGUGAGAGGUAUCGUGCGCUCAUGUCCCGGGCUUUACAUUAUCAAGGAUUGAGCGAGGAGCGCUGCGCACACAACACCCACAUGAUUGGGCGAGG